GCACGCCAGGGACGCCACCGGAAGUGGGCGUGGCGGCCGUCUCCUGGGUCCCGCGGUCGCCUUGACGACGGCCGCGCUGUGGAAGCAGAGAGGCGUAGAAGAGGACCUGGGAUCCGCGAGUAUGAGGAGCCGGUGUCUGUGUCAAAUCUGCACCUGCGGGCGACAUCAUUGUCCACAUGGAACCACAAGGAUUUAUGAAAGUUCUGGCAUGUAUUGCCCCACAACUGAAUAUUCGGAAAAAUAUCCUAUGUAUGGCAAAGUUCUUCCACCUCAGAGUCUUAAACCCAAGCAAGAAAUUCGAACAUGUCAUGGUAAAAUGGAAGGAAUCACUACAUUUAAAUCAGAUUAUCGUCCUUAUGAAAUAGUGAAACAACUUCGCCACAUACCAGAAGAAUAUAAACCAAAACAGGGGAAGAUUGAUCUUGGCACUACCUACAAACGAGAUUUUACUUCUUAUAAAGUGCAGCCUGUGGCAAUACUUCGGCCUUUGGAAAGACAAAUUAAAAAAGGAAAAUUGGACACUGUCCCAACCUAUAAAGAUGAUUAUAGAUCUUGGGACAUUCAAAAAAAUGAACUUCAUAAACCAGAACAAACUUACCAACCCUCACCUGUGAAAUUUGGAAACUCAACUACAUUUCAGGAUGACUAUGUUCCUCGGGAGACAAAGCCCAGGGAAAGCUUUAAACCUUCUUCUGUGGUCAGACGUUCAACAGCCCCUUUUAAUGGUGACACAAGUCAUCGCCUGGACUAUAUACCUCAUCAGCUAGAAGUCAAGUUUGUAAGGCCAAAACAAGUUUACAAGCCAACUGACCUGCCUUUUGAAAAACUCACCACUCACAGGAAUGACUUUCAGGGUCUUGUUGGUGAAACUGCAAAACUCUGCAGACCAGCCUACACCAGAGUAGCCCACGAUGCUCACUUUGAAGGAAGCACUGAAUUCCGUGAAAGUUUCCAAGCAUGGGAAAUCCCACCACCUAAAGUCAAGAAAGUACCAGAGUACGUGCCCCCUAUAGGGAGCAUGCAGUUACACAGCACAAGCCAUCUCGACUACAUUCCUUAUCAGGCCAGCCGUGUUGUUCCCAUCAGGCCAGUUUCUCACAGAAGAAAUAAUUUUCCUUUCCAAGGAAAAACCACCAUGAAGGAGGAUUUUCCAGCAUGGGAAAGUUGUCGUCCAGGACUUAUUAAGCAAGAGCAGCAGAUUCCCAACCCAUCUGGAAAAUUUGACGGUUUGAGCACUUCCAGAUCGCACUAUGUGCCACAUGAACUGAUUCCAACUGAGAGUUGCAGACCUUUAAAUGCUGCAUUGAAGAGUUCUGUUCCAUUUGAUGAUGUCACCAUGUACUCCAUAGAGUAUGCUCCGAAGAAACAGGAAAUCUGCCCAGCUAGCUAUCCCACUCCUCCAGGUUAUAUAUUUGAAAAUACAGAUUUCCACGGUCAUAAAUUCUUCCACAAGAUCACUCCUGCAGUGAAGGCUUUCUAAUCAUCAAAUCAUGUUUGAAAGGACGCUAACUAACAAGGCAUUGGUUUUCCAAAGGAAACCUCAAAUUUAAUAGUGAAAAAAAUUAUGAGAGAUAUGUUUAGCUUUUUAAACUAAAUUGGAAAAUGUAUUAUAGGAGAUCAGAACUUAAAAUCGAUUUUGUACUGCUAUUUUAAUCAAGAUUGCUUUUAAUAUGUAGUUUUGGAAGUUGUAUAUUCCCAUCUGAACUAUUUUAAUACUUAACAUACUGUUUGAUAGUGUGCCCUUAAUCUAGCACCAUUUAUACUUCUGUUUAUAAUUAUGGCAACUGUAUGCUUAUUCACAUACCAGUUGUCAUUAAUCAAGCAUGUUGGGACUAUCUAGAGUAACACUGAAAAUGACGCAUGGAUUCUUCUUCCAAGGCAAUAGGGCUUUGUUUUCCCCUGGCCUGAAGUUACCAGUAGUGGUGGUGCUAGAGACUGCUGCUCCUCACCAUGUUCCUGUUAGUGAGAGGUACUGCACUGUGCCAAGGAGAAGCUCUGGGCUGGGAACCAGAGGACAGAGUUCUGGUUCUAGUACCAUCUGUUUCUGUUUGUGCCAUCUCCCACAAGUGAUUCCCAUCUCUGAGCCUCUAGGUCUUCACGUGUAAAAGGAGCCUCUUCCACGUACCUCGCACAAAGUUUGUUUUGAGUUUCAAAUCAUGUAACAUACUUUAAUCAAUAAAACUACAAAUAUAAGAGAUUGUUAAUAAUAAAUAACUCAAUUGAUUUUUGUGCCUUAUUUGCCAUUUUGAUUUAGAGUAAUUAUUUAGGAAGUCUGACAGCUCUGAAGAAGUCUUCAGGGUAAAUUUCUGUGAUUAUGCCCCUAACUGCCACAUCUAGAUUCACUGUUCAGAAGUAGGCACAGGCCCAGUAUGGAACACAAUCAACUCAUUCACCACUUGCAGCAAGAAGAUAAAUGCUAAGAAGGGAGGAAAAGGGGGAAGUGUGCAAAAACAGAUUGCACUUUCAAAGGCUGGAAAUUUCCUAAUGAAUUAAACUCUUAUUGGCUGUUUUUAUAAAUAAAUGGUUGCAUUAUAAAAGAAUACAGUUUAUUUUAGCAUAAAAUGAA